AUGGGGCUCUGCGAUUCUUCAUUGCCCACUCCCGAGCUUCAUUCAAUCCAAUUUCCCCUUCCGAUUUCUCUUAUUUUCUGCGGAAGAUUCACGCUCGAUAAUCGUCCGAAUAGUAAAACUAAUUAUUGGCGGUGUUUAUCCGGUGGCCGGAGCGGCGGCUCGCGAUGGGAUUCGGAGAAGAAUGUUAACCCGAAGCACAAGUCCAGAUUUCGUAUGGACGACUAUGGCGAGGGAACUGAAUUUGAGUUCAGGAACGUUGCAAAGCAGAGGAUUUGGUGGUAUGAUGAUUUUGAUGCCGACGCUGAUGAUGACGAUGACGAAGAGGAGGAGAAUUGGUUUGGGAUUCUCGAAACUUCCAUUGGAUUAGAUUGGGUUUCUAAGGUAUUUCAAGCCUUCGGGUGGAUGAUUCCUGCAGUUGUCAUCUACACGGUGACAGGAAUGGGGCCUAACAGCAUCAUCAUGGCCUUGGCUCUACCUCUUGCCCAGUCUGCAUUUUCCUUAGCAACUGAAACAUUCUUUGGAAGGCCGGAGAAAUCUCUGAGGCCAAAAUCUAAGAGAAAGAAAAAACCAUUUGCCGGAGCUUCCAGCCGAGCCAGAGUGAGAAGAGAAAAGCAAAUGUACAAUGAGAAAGUGAAGGAGGCUGGAAAUUACAAGUCGUGGGUAGAUGCAAAUAACUUAUCCGAUCAAAAUGCAAAGGGCGAUCUCCAAAACUUUGGCGGAUGGGACGAGCUGGAUAGUCAUGCGAGAGUAGAAAAAAAGGUUAGAAAUCCUAACGGAGCAGGAGCAGGAGCACGAACUGAAUUCAAGAAAAGCAAAAGAGCGGAAGGAGAUGCCGAUACACCACUUUUAAUGAGACUAUUGGCUGCCAUUUUCCCUUAUCUGCGAUUUUGGACCAAGUUAUUCUAGCAGAGUUACAAUGGAUUGAUUUGAAGAGGAAGUGUUGUCAAGUUUUCGCCAUCUGAUCGUGGAAAUAAAAGAAGUGGUUGUGGUAGAACAGUUGAGAUGGGCUGCUUCGAUUGUUGAUCCUUGGGAAGUAUAUAUGGGAAUGGAAUUGGAUUAGUGUCUUGGAGGCUUGGGCAUGGCUAGCUUAGCUACAUACGACAGGUAUGCCGUUGGUAAAUAGAGGAGGACUCGUAUUUAUUCUUCUUUUCAUGAUGAAUAUGUAAAUACUAGAAUAAUUUUAAUUUUUAUAAAAAUAUUUAUUUCUUUUA